UCCCUCUUUCCAGCUCCUCCUCCUCCUCCUCCUCCUCCUCCAGCCCUUGUGUGGGACUCCAUUUUCCCAGCCCCAAAGUCUCCAAGGGAAGGGGGCCGUGGGAGUGCGCAGCCAAGAUGGAAUAAUAGAGAUCUCUAGAUCUUGCAUAUAGCUAUCUGUAGAUCUAUAUAGCUAGACAAAACCCAGCCGUGCCUCGACGACGUCGCCCGGGCGCCUCCGGAUUUGGGCAGCGUUAGGAUCGGCGUCUUUGUGUGCGCGCUCGCUCGCGCUCGGCUGGACAGUUUUCGCCUUGGUGGCUUUUUGCGCCCCCGCGGAAUGGAUGACCAAGGGAGGCUGAUCCAAGCUCGGGGGGCCGUGGGGCUCCCGCCGGGCCAUCCGGCCGUGCCGGGGGUGCCUAGCAUGACCCCCCACUCCCUCCACGAGCCCCCCUCGGAUAACGGCGAGCCGCGCAAGCAAGACAUCGGCGACAUCCUGCAACAGAUCAUGACCAUCACCGACCAAAGCUUGGACGAGGCGCAGGCAAAUUUAAACUGCAGGAAACAUGCCCUGAAUUGUCACCGCAUGAAGCCAGCUCUCUUCACCGUCCUCUGCGAAAUCAAAGAAAAGACAGGACUGAGCAUCCGAAGCUCCCAGGAGGAGGAGCCGGUGGACCCCCAGCUGAUGCGCUUGGACAAUAUGCUGCUGGCCGAGGGGGUGGCCGGCCCAGAGAAAGGGGGUGGGUCUGCGGCGGCGGCAGCAGCGGCCGCAGCGGCAGGGGGGGUAUCCCCAGAUAACUCCAUUGAGCACUCCGAUUACCGCAACAAGCUCUCCCAGAUCCGCCAGAUCUACCACUCGGAGCUGGAGAAAUACGAGCAGGCCUGCAACGAGUUUACGACACAUGUGAUGAACCUCCUUCGGGAGCAGAGCCGCACGCGCCCCGUGUCGCCCAAGGAGAUAGAGCGCAUGGUCAGCAUCAUCCACCGGAAGUUCAGCUCCAUCCAGAUGCAGCUGAAGCAAAGCACCUGCGAGGCUGUCAUGAUCCUGAGAUCCCGCUUCCUCGAUGCCAGGCGGAAGCGGCGCAAUUUCAGCAAGCAGGCUACGGAGGUGCUCAAUGAGUAUUUCUACUCUCACCUGAGCAACCCUUACCCCAGCGAAGAGGCCAAAGAGGAGCUUGCCAAGAAGUGUGGAAUCACAGUCUCACAGGUCUCAAACUGGUUCGGGAACAAGCGCAUCCGCUAUAAGAAGAACAUCGGCAAGUUCCAAGAGGAAGCCAAUAUUUACGCCGUGAAAACGGCUGUCAGCGCCGCACAGAGUGGGGGCGACUCCCCCAACACCCCCUCCUCCGCGGGCUCCGGUGGCUCCUUCAACCUCUCCAGCUCUGGGGAUAUGUUCAUGGGCCUUCAGGGUCUGAAUGGAGACUCGUAUCCCACAUCACAGGUGGAAUCAAUGCGUCACUCGAUGGGGCCAGGAGGCUACGGGGACAGCAUGGCUGCCACCCAGAUGUACAGUCCACGAGAAAUGAGGGCCAAUGGUGGCUGGCAAGAAGCAGCCACCCCAUCCUCUGUGACCUCCCCAACAGAAGGUCCUGGUAGUGUCCACUCUGACACCUCCAACUGAUCCUGCUGGGCUGCGCUCCCUCCUCUGUCGUUUUCUUCCUGGCUCCAGUGGGGGGGAGGGAAUUAACCCUAGUGCUGAACUAGGCUGGGCAGGGAAAGAACUCGUCUUUUCUCCCACCUGGCAGGAGAUCACUGCACCACCCGCAGUGCCGGGGCAGGGGAGGGAAGCAAGUACAGCAUCUCUUGGCAUUCAAGGUGGCAACACUCCAUGGGGACGAUGAAUUCAAGAUGGCACCCGUUGUGAUCCAAGACCCUUCCAUGAUCCUGAACGGCACCUCUUAAUAAGCAAGACGCAACUCUAGAAGCGGUGAAGGGGACCCAAGACGGUGGGAGGUGGGGUGGGGAGCGGGUGGGAGGGGCUAUCUCAAGCGGUCCGUCUGCUUGGAGGGGCUAGGCAGAUGAGCUAAUGUACCUGCAAUGCGAUAUCAUAAUCUGCUGGCUCGGCCUUGUAGAUAAGCACACCUGCCCGAGGGGCAUCGAGAUGGCAUCUAAACUGCUUAUCGUGGGAUUGCGACUCAAGAUGGCAGCAGCAACGGGUCUCUUGGUAGUAGGACGAGCAGAGACGUUGGCCGAAGAGGGCUUAAGUUGGCAUCUCUCCAUGAUGGGAUGAUUCCAAGAUAGCAAACUGUGGCGUCUUCCUGUCGAGAUUUGAACAUGGCAUGUAUAUAUAAAAGAGAGAAAGAGAGAAGGGAAAUCAGGCAUGGAUCCUGUCUGGACUCAAGGUGGGCAUCUCCUUUGCUGGUGCUGACCAGAGACACCAACAUCCUUAUGAAAUAUUUUGGCAGAAAACGAACAUGUAAGGCGAUGCAAGGGCCUCGCUGCAAGAUUGUGUGGAGCCACGGCAAAACCCUCACCUAGGCUGGAGAAACCGUUAUACCUCUCAGUGAAUAGGUUCCCUGGGUAUGAAGAUCUAAGAUGGCUACCAUCUGAAUCAGAAAGGGGGUAUAGCCAUGAAGAGAAGUCGUGAGGGGCCCAAGAUGUUACAGACUGGUGCCCUUCCAUUAGGCCAGAAGUGGGGAACCUUUGGCCUUCCAAUGGUUGUUGGGCUGCAGCUGUUGGCCAUGCUGGCUUGGGUUGAUGGGAGAUGUCGUUUAUCAACAUCUGGAGAGCCAAAGGUUCCCCGCUAAAGAGACAGAACGUACCAUGGUACCUUUUAUCAGAAAGACAGUGGGGGCUGGCUUUCCAAAAUGGCGGUUCAAGGUAAUAGGGAUGGGGAAGUAGUAAUAAGCACAAGCUUCCUAUCUCCUAGGCAGGACUAGAAGUUGUGGGGGAAGCCAUAGGGCUAAGAGAGCCCAGCACACCCCACAUUACACAUGCUGUAUACUGUAGCUGCAUUAUGGGUGAUGGGGGUCUACUUUUCUUUCUGUUAAAUCUCUUGCUUUCUGAGCUGGCUUGGGGGUUUUUUUGCCUCUUCUCUCUCUAUUUCAGUUUAUCCCAUUGUAACCAUUUCUUAUUGUGUGUACAGUUUCUCUCUCGAGUUUUUUUCUCUGCUGUUUCUUAUAAUCUUGAUAUUUCCCCCCUGUUAAGUUCUUUUCCCUUUCUCCACCCAUCACCAUCUUAGGGCUUUUCUGCCUGGUCUGACCCAAGCACAAUCAGAUAGGUUUCUGAAUGUCACAGUCCUCUUUGUGUGAUAUUUGUGCAGGCCCUAAUCUCGUUCAAAAUGAAGAAAAUGACCUUUAAAUAUAUUUUUUAAAGGGAGUUUACAGAAUGGUGGAGAUACAGGUUGGGCAUAGCAGUAUCCCUUCCCAUUAAAUAGAUAUGCUGUGUAUCUGGGACAAACUAUAAAUUAUGUUAAAUGCACCAUUUCAUUUCUUCACUUUUAAAAACGGACAUGUGGAGCAGUUCCAAAAAAUCCCCCGCCACACCCAAAAAUGUCUGCUUGCCUUGGAAGGAAAACUUCCAUUACUGAAAUUGCUUCAGGGGGCUUUUUUAUUGGCAAGAGUCCUGCUUGCAGUUUUUGUUUUUUUAAAAAUCCACCAGGUUAAUUGAUGGGACUUAAUGUAAUGUAUGGUUUAAAAUGGGGUUUGAAGCCCCUGUGGUUGGAAAGUAGGUCCUGAUGGAUGGGUGUCCUUGAAAGGGAAUCUGCCCAUCAUCACCACCAGUCAAAAGAGUGUUGGGGGGGACAGCAUACUUGGUUGAAGGUAUAUUCUCUCAAUUCACAUCUGGUGAUGGCUUGAUUGAGUGUGGAUUGAUCAGAUAGCCCAGGAACACUCCCAGAAUCCUCUGCAACUGGGUAGAGUCUCUGUGGCAGAUCUGCAAGGGAUGGAGAAACUGAAGGUAGGAAAACAAAGAAAGUGCUACAGUACCAGCCAGGGAAAUUGCAUUUUGCCAGGGACAGCGUAUUCUGGUUAAAUGCUCUGGCAGCGCAAUAGUCUUUCAAAGGAAGGGACAGAUAGGAGGGCAGGUUUGGGAACAAAGUAGGAAAUGUCAUUUGUUGUGCAUCCACCACCUGCUCCAGAAUCCUGAUUUGUGCAGAAAAGCUCACUCAAGUUGAUGCUUCCAUUUUUCCUUUAGCCCAAUGCAAAUAUGGAGGAUUUGAACAAACCAAAAGCAUUACUCCAGGAUCCCAUUUUCAUUGAUUUCCUUCCCUCCCUUUGCUCCUAUGAAUUCCAGCCCAAAGGGGUCGCUAGCGAUGCUUGGGAAGCUAGUAUAGUUUAUAUUUCAAAGGACCGUUUUAUCCAGAAUUGAGUAAGGCGUUUCCCCCACUGUGAUGGAAAGAAAUGGUAUGAGUGUGUAAAUAGUUUUGCUUGGGAAGCGAAUGACCUGAAUGAGAGGCAGAAGCUGAGGAGGCAGACAAGGAAAAUCUGGUAAAGUAAAUCUAGUAAAAACCACACAGAAUGGAUCCAAGUGCACAAGAGCAAAUAGUGGGUGAGAGAUAUGAAAUAGGAGAGAGCGAUAUCAAAAGUAGUGAGAGGUGGGAAUGAAACACAGUGGGAAAGGAGAAAUGGUAGGGAGAUAAGCUAAAAUCUCCCGACGGGAGAAUAUGAACUAAAGAAGACAAAUCUGAAGGGCAGGAAUAUUGGAACUCGAAAGAGUUGGGAACUAACAAAGAGAUUGCAGGCUGGAAAGAGGGAAAUUAGAAGAGUAGUGGGAAAGGAUUAUAAAGUAGAAAAGAUCCAGUAGUUUGGGGGGGGGAGAGAAAACACGCAUUCAGCGGCACCUGUUCACAAGAGGAAUGUGUACUUGGAUCAGAAAAGAGGAUUUGGACGUCAGAAGAUACCAAAAUAAGACUCGAAAGACGGAAUGUGGAUAAAGGCAAUCGGAUUGCAAAAGAUGACGAAGGAAUGGUCCAAAGGACGGAGGAAAGGCCUGCUUGUGGAAGUUGCCAAAGCCGGAGGGAUUCAGACCCAAGGGUGGACAUUGGGUGCGACAGGCGCAAAUCCUGAUGGCACGAGAGACCCAUCAGGAGCAACGGAAACCCACAUAAGACUUUUCAAGUUGCUCUCCCCCUUGCUCGCAGGGAGGGCUCCAUGCUAGUCAGUCCAAUAGCUUUAUUACCUCAUGGCGCAAGAAACCAAUAGAGUCUUGGGACAGAGACCUUUUGAACCUGCUACCUCUGUGUGCCCUGUGGGGGUUUUUUGGGGGGAGAACAGUGCUGUGAGACACCCCCCCCCAAAAAACCUCCCUGCCCCGUUCCCUUUGACUGAGGGUAUUGGGGCUCAUCACCCUGACUGGCCGUUUUGACUUGUUCUGUUUUGGGUUUGUUUUGUUUUCUUGCUCUAGAUUGCCUUUGCUUUUAUUAUCAUUUUUCUUCUAUAAAAUUGAAGACAGUU